UUACCGUCCUUGGCCUGCCACCACUAAAUCACAAAGAAACACAAAGACAAAAACCCCAAACUGUGGAAUUUCCGGAGACGAGAGGGCACAUUCAUCGCGGCAAAUUAUCAGCGAACAUCAUGCCGAAGCUCAGGAACCUGUUGCCCACGAUCUUCGGCGGCAAGGAGGCGCCGAAUCAAUCUGAAGGACGUCUUGAAACGGACGCAGCGCCCGUGGACGACAGCGCGGAAGAUAACAAUAACAGCGGAGCCCUGGCGCUGCCCUCUAUCAGCACACCUACUGCAUCCGCCGAUCUCACCGAGUCCGUGCUGCGCGAGCUCAGCGACCCCAACUACAACUCCAUGGACGUGGUGCAGUCCGCCAAUUUUCCAGGAACUGCGCUGACCAACAAUUCGCAAACGAACAACACGAUGAACGUGCAUAGCGCCCAGCAACAGGUGGUCAUGAACUUCUCGAAUGCCAGCGGUCUGCACUUUGGCUCUGUCUACAACAUAAAUCAGAACCUGAGCGCCAGCAGUUCGCGCAAGGGCAGCACAAGUGCCAACGAGGAAGGAGCAGCGAUGACUUUACCGGAGGGCGGCAAGCGCUCCAUGGCCACUCGGAAAACAGUCAGCAUAGUGGCCAUGAUGCAGUCGCAGGAAGAGCCGGAUAUCCGUCUGCUGGACGCCGUGGCCACGCACUUGGGCGAGGGAUGGAAGCAGGUGAUGCGGGAUCUUGGACAGUCGGAGGGACAGAUCGAUCAGGCGAUAAUCGAUCAUCAAAUGCAUGGAAAUAUCAGAGAGGUGAUCUACCAGCUACUGCUGCAGUGGACGCGCAGCGCGGAGAACGGUGCGGCCACUGUUGGACGACUCACCACAGUGCUGUGGGAGUCCCAGCAUCGCGAUUGCGUGCAGAGAAUGAAACUGGUUUGGAAGGCACUGGAGAAGCGCAAGACGAACAGCUAGCCAGAGUCGGUGGGAUACAUUAAACGACCCCGACUAUCAGUGAACACUAUGCAUUCGGAGCAGCCUGUCAUCUCGAUGCCGAACACCUGCCGGAGAGUGGAGAAAGAUUGUGUUACCCUAACCGAAAGAGUGCAGUAAGCAACGGGCAUCGGGCGGAGCAGAGAGGAGAGAGAGGUCAGGCCAUCGGGCGAUGAUAUGCGUGCAAUAUACUUUGUUUAUUAAUCCAACAAACCCUUCGAAUAAGUGCCUAGAUGGUUUGCAUUAACUAUAUUCUUACACCAAGUUUUAAUCUUUAAUAUGUGAUAUAUUGUGCGUUAAAACCGGGAACCCCAGCACUUGAAGUCAGCAUUUUGAAAGCAUUUUUUGUAAAGUGUAUGUCAAAUAAAAGCUUUAUUUUUAUGUAA